UCCAAAUCUGAACUGAUCAAAUAGCUAAAGCCACAAAGAUGUUACCAUGCCUUGUUCAUCAUCAGCUAUAUGUUACAAACCAACCCAUUUUUCUUCUCCUGAUAAUUAUCACUUCUCUAGGACUCUUCACCAUCCUAGGAAGAUCCAUUUCCUUGCUCAAAUGGGUGUUCAUCACUUUCAUCAGACCUUCCAAGAACCUGAUCAAGAUCUACGGCUCAUGGGCGAUGGUCACCGGCGCCACCGACGGCAUCGGAAAAGCCUUCGCCUACCAACUAGCUAAGCAAGGCCUAAACCUAAUCCUAGUGGGAAGAAACUCAAACAAGCUAAAAACAGUAUCCAAAGAGAUCCUGUCGGAGUUUCCCACCACCCGUAUAAAAACGGUCAUAUUCGACUUCUCCGGUGACGUCUCUGCCGGCAUCAAGGCCGUCGAGGAGGCUAUCGAGGGGUUGGACGUCGGAGUUUUGAUAAACAAUGCGGGAGUGACGUACCCGGCAGCUAGGUACUUCCAUGAAGUGGAUGAAAAAGUUUGGAUGAAUAUUGUUAAGGUGAAUUUGGAGGGUACAACUAGGGUUACAAGAGCUGUUCUACCGGGAAUGCUUCAAAGAAAAAGAGGUGCAAUUGUCAAUAUUGGAUCUGGUGCCUCCAUUGUUGUUCCUUCACAUCCUCUCUACACAAUAUACGCAGCUACAAAAGCUUACAUUGACCAAUUUUCAAGGAGUCUCUAUGUGGAAUACAAUAGAAGUGGAAUUGAUGUUCAGUGUCAGGUACCGUUAUAUGUGGUAACGAAAAUGGUGUCGGAGGUAGCGUCGAUAGAGAAAACGUCGUUGUUUAUACCAUCAGCAGAGGAUUACGCAAAAGCUGCAAUUCGCAGGAUUGGUUAUGAAGCUCGUUGCACGCCCUACUGGGCCCACUCUCUUCAAUGGUUCUUCGCUAGCUUUCUCUCCGAGGACAUCCUUGAUGCUUGGCGCUUGGCCAUUGGUAUUCGCAGAAGGGGAAUUAUUUAAUUUCUAGCUAUAUAUAUAUAUAUAUAUAUAUAUAUAUACAC